AAGACUCACUAGAGUUACUUCUUGGGUGGGGAGUUCUCUCUGCUAAAAUGGUUGUCCUCCCCACAGUAGUCACUAGAGGGCACUAGUGUUCAGCAGACAUCUUAGGCCAAGAAGGUCAGGUGUUCUGCUUAGUACAGAAAAUAGUAUGACUUUAAAGGGUUCUGCUCUGCAGGGAGGAGAAAAGGGCAACUACAUAUGAGAAUUUGAGAGCCCCCUUAGGAAUAUCCUCUUGGGGAAUCUCAGUUCUCCAAGUCAGCACUUAGAGUCUACCCUCUUAUCCCCAACACAUGCGCACACGUACAUACACGACCCCUAUACACCUGUCUCUCUGCCCCUUUCAUAGGUCUCUUUUUCUGUGAUUAUUUCUGUAUUGCUCUGUGUGUGUGUGUGUGUGUGUGUGUGUGUGUGUGUGUGCAUGUGUAUGUGUUAUUUCUGAAUUGCUCUCUAUCAGAGAUUCUAACUUUCUCUGUAUGUCUUAUCUAUGUAUGUCUCUUUCUACUUCUAUUUUUCUGUUUCAUCUUUGUCUCCUCUUUAUGUUUGCCUCUCUGUGAUUUCUGCCUCUCUUUAUGUCUCUACCUUUCUGCCUUUCUUGUUUACUAUCUGUCUCUAUGACUCGGCCCCUUUUAGAUCUCUCACUCAGCUUUGCAUCUUGUCCCUCCCCAGUUAGCACCAUACAGUACAUGUGGGAUUAGGGUCUCAACCGCUUCCCUCCCAUCUUCUCACCCCUGGCAGCUGCUCACAGCUUCCCAGUCCUGGCCUCUCCUGCCCGCCCCUUGUGGGCCUUAGGGGAGGGGGGGUAGCGAGGAGGAAGGGCAGCCUGGUGGGUCCACCCCUUUUUGCCUUUCCAGGCUGGGAGGCUGGGCCAGUGGGCCUUUUAACCAGCCCAAGGAGGCUGUGCUGGACGCCAGCUCUGGAUGCUGUGCCUGGCCCCUCUGGUCCCAGCCGCCGCCAGCCUGACCAGCAUGCAGCAGCAGCCUCCGCCCGGGCCCCUGGCCCCUUCGACUGAACCGACCAAGCCUCCAUACAGCUACAUAGCUCUGAUUGCCAUGGCCAUCCAGAGCUCGCCGGGCCAGCGGGCCACACUCAGUGGCAUCUACCGCUACAUCAUGGGCCGCUUUGCCUUCUAUCGUCACAACCGGCCUGGCUGGCAAAACAGCAUCCGCCACAACCUGUCACUCAACGAGUGCUUCGUCAAGGUGCCUCGCGAUGACCGGAAGCCUGGCAAGGGUAGCUACUGGACUCUGGACCCUGACUGCCAUGAUAUGUUUGAGCAUGGCAGCUUCCUGCGCCGACGUCGACGCUUCACCCGGCGGGCAGGUGCCGAGAAUGCCAAGAGCCCUGCCAAAGCACGCCGUGGAUCCCCCAGAGAGACCAGCCAGGACCCAGGCAUCACCACAACUGGCAGGCAGUACCCCUUUCCACUGGGGUUGCCAGAGCCCAAGGGCCCAAGCUUUGGGAGCCUGGUGAGGGCUUUGCCAGUCACCAUGUGCCCAGGAACUACUGAUGCCAGACCUCGGACACCUGUGGAGACAAAGGAGCCGCUGGACUCUGCAGACUCAGGGGACCUCUCCAUGGGCACUUCAUGUUCCCCAUGCUCAGCUUUUGGCUUUCCUGCUGGCUUCCCUGAGGCUGAGGCUUUCAGCAAGGCCACUACUCCCAUCCUGACACCUGAAGUGGGCAUGGGGGGAAGCUACCAGUGCCGCUUGCAGGCACUAAACUUCUGCAUGGGAACCGACCCAGGUCUCGAGCACUUCUUGGCCACAACGACCCCUUCCCCGGCACCACCCAACCCUCCAGCCUCACUCCGGGCCCCACUGCCCCUGCCAACUGACCCCAAGGAAUCCUGGGCUGCAGGCAGCUUCCCUGUCCAGGGGAGCCCUGGCUACCCACUGGGGCUGACCCCCUGCCUAUAUCGGACACCAGGAAUGUUCUUCUUUGAAUGAAACCAUCAUAACCUUGGGCAGUCCCUGCAAGCCCCAACCAGCUCUCCUGUGCAGAUUGCACCUGACUCUGGGAUCCAGGAAACUCUUAAGGACCUAGCCCUGGCAAACCAACAACUGUAGGAUGAGAAGCCAAGUUUCAAGUGGCAUCCACUCAGCCAGGUCCCUGGGGCCUCUGGACAGACUUGAGGGGUGAGGGGAAGAGGGAUCCCUUGGGACUUGCUCUGUGGCUCUGAAGGAGGCCAAUAAAGUCAGUGUGAUGAUGUG